AUGUCGGACGAGGUGUCCAACUUCCUGCGCUCGGUCGAGCAGCUCAAGGAUCGGCGGCUGGAGGAAGAUGAGGCUCGCUCGCGCGAGCUCGAGGAGAAGAUCCUGCAAGAGAAGCGGGAGCGCCAGGCGCGCCGAGAAGAACGUGCCAGAUCAAUUUCCCCUCAGAAAUCGUCUCCCGCCAACACGCCACCACCGUCCUCGUCUCAUCACCGCUACAACAGCUCGCAGUCGGAUGUGCUGAAACCGGCGUCUCCCUACAACAGUCCCUCAUCUCGUUCCAACAACCGUCCCGGUGGUUCUGCCCUGGAAUCGAGCUCUGAUGCUAUGGGCACUCCUUCGUCUUCGUCGACAAAAGAAAACGAGUCCCCCUUUGAUGCCGACGGAAAAGCAUCCGCCACUUUUGGUGCGGGACGGACCCCGACGCUCUCGUGGCAGAGACGGCCGACGUCGCUCAGCGUGUCGGCCUCUGACCGGCCCAAGAUACGCCCUCUCUCCAUGGUUGCUGCCGAGAAUGCUGCUGCUCGUUCGUCGGUCGUCUCUGUUGGCUCCCCUGGAAUCACAAGUGUUGGCGGCGAAUCGGCCGAGCCUGAUGCUGAGCCUGACGUCUCGCGUGACCAGAUUGCGCAUGCACUGUCUUCCAAAGAUCCGUCCUGGUUCCGCCAAACAGCCGAUCGUGGCCUCAACUCUGCUGCGUAUCGCCGCACCCAGGUUGAGGACAACGACCGCCAGGACAUGACUGCCGCCCCUACUCAGCUGCCCGGGAUGGUUCGUGCCCCUUCAACGGAGCCCGAGCCUGCCCCACAAUCUCCCUCCACUUCGUCUUUCUCCGCCCUACAAGCCGGCACCAUCCCGACCGGUACUGUCUCUCCCAUGACACCCACCCAAAAGCUGGACCCUCCAGUGGAUUCGCUCUCGUCGCCGCCUGCCUCCGGCUGGUCAACGCCCACGCGGCCACGGUCACCUACAAAGGGUGCUGGCGGCUUUGUCCAGAGCGCCAUGAUGAAGAGGAGCGACAGCGUGAAGCGAUGGAGCGUCACAUCGCCCCCUAGCCUUCAGCGAGUCGACAACGUUGCAUCUGUUCGGCCUGAGGGCGGGCGUCGAACAGGCCCCCAGCCGGCCACCACGUCCCGGCCAACAUCCAGGGACGGUCGGGCUUCUCCAACCAAGGCUCAGGCUAGCAAUAACACAGCAAGCGCAUCAGCCCCGGCGCCAGCUGAAGAAGAGCAUGUUGACGCGGGCCACGAAGAUGAAGAAAAGACGUCAUCCCUACCCGUAAGCCCAUCCAAGACAAUGGAUCCGCGGAGAUGGAGCCCGAACAAAACAUCGAGCUGGCUCGAAGCCGCGCUCAACAAGCCCGACUUACCGAAACCUAAGAUGGCAGCCUCGCUGAACAACCAGCCCGCAUGGAUGGUUGAGUUGAGCAAGCAAAAGGCGCAGAAGGCCGGGAGCACUACCGGCUCCGAAAUUGCGACACCCCCAACGCCUGUAACGCACAAGCAUGAAGUAAAGACUGGUGGGCUGAUGAGGUCGUCGCCAAUGGGUGCGACUGCAGCAGCCGCCGCAUUGAAGCCUUCUGUGCCUCUCCCUAUCUCCGUACCUGUGCCUGGCCGAAGCGGACGAGGUGGCUUUCAUACGCACUCGGCGUCUGUUAGCAGUAUAACCGGCAAGAGUGGGAUCGAGCUGCCAUUGGCGCCAACUACACCAACGAGCCUGGAUUUCCGGACCAACUUGAAGCCUCGCCAGCCACUGCCGACGGACACGAAGAAAGACGAUGGUAAUGAGAACGAGCUUCAGAGUGUUUUUGGCUCAUUACGGCGUGCAAAGACACAAAACUUUAAGGCACCAGAUAUAUUGAAGGACAACAUUCUUCGUGGUAAGAAGUCGCUCAACUUCACAGGCGGGCCAAAACCGCGGGAGAAGAAGGAUGAAUUCAAGGAUGCCAUACUUCAGAAAAAGGCCGAGUUCCAGCAGGCAAAGUCAGAGGGUCGUGGCAUAAUGGCCAAUGCUCUUGACCAUGAUGACGAGCCUGUUCUCCCUGAGGGUCUGGCGAAGAGGCUGGAGAUGAGCCGUACGGGCUCCAAAUCAAUCUCACCGACCCGACGAAAUCGAGCGACUUCGGAAGUAAACCCAGGAGCAGACGCUCGUCGGGCAGAGGCUGGCGUCUUCGGCCGCACAAGUCGAGCCUUGACUGUCUCGAAGAGAGAGACUGGCAAUACCGCCUCAGUUUCUGCAGAGCAAGAAUCGACUACGCCUUCCACCAGGGACAGCGGGAUUCUCCGCGGUGGCCCUCAGCUGGGAGGUGGGAGCGCUCUUGCAAAUCGGUUCAACUCGUCCUUGGCAGGAAUGUUGGCGCGUGGCCCUCCUGGAGCGGCACCUGGAGCAUCCACGGCGUCUUCCGGGCCGUCGUCUUCCGCUGCUGAAGCACCACAGGGGCCAGGACCUCAACUGACACACAUGACUAAGGGUCGUGCCCGUGGUCCGAAGAGAAAGGCCCCGUCAAGCUUACAGCAGAGCAAAUCAGCCGAAGAACCGGCCAAGACGGAAGAUAACCCCCAAAGGUUGUCUCCACCACCCAUUAUGCCCAAGAAGAUUGAAACGGGCACGAAGCCUUCUCCCCUGGUCGAUUUGACGAAGAAAAUGGGUCCCGAACCGACUGUCGCUGGCCGAAGCAGCGUGUUGCCGCUCGUCGACUCGUUCAGGAAACGAGCAGAGUCGACAACGCCCUUGCCAAUGGGGGCUGCGAUUCCGCCGCUGGAGUCACCGAGAGUUGGCGGGCGGCCGCGGUCUCCGACGAAAAUCCACGAGCAAAUUGCUGCCAUUGCCGCCAGAGGUGCGCAGGCCAUUCCGGCAGAAGAGACGGUGACCUCGCCGGUUUCUUCUCCGCGGAAGCUGGACGUGAAGAGGAUGUCCAAGUUCUUGCAAGAAGUGCCAAGCCCGAACGCGGCGCCAGCAGUUGAAGUUCCAAGGCCGCUGUCGCCAUCGAAGACAGGAGGUCCAAGGCCUCUGCCUCAACCGCGGGCACUCUCCCCUCAAAAGACGGGAGGCUAUGUUCGGCCGUUGCCCCCAGCACCAGUGUCUCCUGAGGUUGCGGCACCACAGCACUCGAUUGCUCCAGCGAGCAUCCCUGCCUUCUCACCUCGACAGCAGAACAAGCUCGAGAGUCCGGGGCCGGAAAAACGGGCGGAGUCGCCGAUACCUGCACCACUGUCGAUGCGGCCUUUGUCCGUGUCGCCGCGACCUUCGACGACGCCGCCACCUCUGCUAUCGCCUUACAGAUCGGCAGCGAAGCAGGCCCAAGAAGUGUCGGGGAUGCUGAAAGAUUUUUUUGGACCGGAUCGAUCCCGGCGCACAUACCGUGCAGACGUGGGAGGGCUACUGUCAAGGCGGCCAGCAGGGGAAGCGAAGGUCAACAGCAUUUCGUCACAGCUCUUCCGGGUAUCUAGCGAUGGCAGGAAACAGCCGGUGCCUGCGCUGUAUGAGCGGGUGCUCUUCGAGGGCGAGAUGUAUCUCUGCCCACACACGUUUGUCGACGAGCGGGGCGUUGAGGCACGGGCGCUCGGCGGAAAGCUGGUGGAGCUGCGGCAAGGCAAGGAGACGGCGGAGUUUCUGCAAGCACUGGGCGGUGUGGUGACAUUCCGGCGUGAAACGAGCAGCAAGUAUGACCAGUUGGCACCAAGCAUGCUCUGCGGACGGCGAUUCCUCGGGCAGAUCGUGUUCGACGAGGUGGAUUUCGCGACGACCAGCCUGUGCUCGGGUUUCCCGUUCCUGAUUACGCAACAGGGCGACUGUUACCUGUGGAAGGGCAAGGGCAGCCACGUGGAUGAGUUGAGCUGUGCACGGCUGAUUGGUAUGGACCUGGCGCUGAAGGGCGAGCUCAUCGAGGUGGAGGACGGACAAGAGGCGGAAGAGUUCUGGACGCUGUUUGGCGGAUCGGGCAGCAAGGUCGGCUCUGCAGACCACUGGCGCCUGAAGCCCAAGUACGACGGCUACUGCGGACGGCUGUUCCGGUCCGAUGCUGGCAGCCGCGAUCAGGUUGUGGAAGUCCACUCGUUUGACCAGCGCGACCUAUCGGCAGGCGGGAUCUACGUGCUGGAUGCGUUCUUCGAGAUGUACAUCAUUGUGGGGUACCAGUCACAGGGGCAGUAUGCGAGCUUCCGGAAUGCACUGGACUUUGCGCAGGAGUACGCCAUUCUGGCUGCGGGCGUAGAGGACCGGCCGUUUGUGCCGAUUUCGACGGUGGUGCUGGAGGGCAUUCCGCGGGAUCUCAAGAGCGUGUUCCGGAAAUGGCGCGACGAUGCCAGCCCGACGCGCACGACCGAGACUGUCGGAGCGGUGCAACAAGUGGCGAUCAAGCGCAGCCGCAGUUUGCGCGUGGUGCCGCUGACGGUAGCUCUGCAGGCCUUGGCGGACUAG